GGGUCAAGCAACAACAGCUAGAAGUUAAAUGAUGCCAAUUGAUAAUACAUGUCCACAAUUGGACACGUGUUUUUCCUCUCACUUGGCGUGAAAAUGAGAGGAAAGUAUUAAAAUUGCCCAGGUAUUUGGAGUAAAAAAAAAUUCGCCUUUUAUUCCUAACCUGGAGGGAGACCUUUAAACGCUCAGGCCUGAUUGGUGGAUUGCUGCAGAGAUGGUUGUCCUUCUGGAAGGUUCUCGUCUCUCCACAGAGGAAUGCUGUAGUUCUGACAGACUGACCAUCGGGUUCUUGGUCACCUCCCUGACUAGACUAAGAUGAAUGCAGCAAUGUACAGAGACAUCCUGCAAACCAACGCUUCUCAUCGAACCUGAUGGAGCUUGAGAGGUGCUGCAAAGAGGAAUGGGCAAAACUGCCCAAAGAUAGCGGGCCUACUGUUGCCUCCUCCGCAGAGAUGAGCUCUGAAAGCCCAGAGCAUUUUGGACCAUCUGUGACGAUGACAGAGGAGGAGGAAGAGGAGGAAAACCAGCAGCAAGAUAUCGGCCCCCUCAUCAACUCUGAUGGAGAAGAAGUGGAUUUGUCAGAUCUCAGAGAGAGAGUCACUCCAAGAGGUGGAGCGGCAGAAACCCUCUCCAUUGCAUUCGAUCAGAGCGAGAAUGAAAAGCCCACCUCCUUCCAUCGCUGCACCGUGUGCGGUAAAGUCUUUCCGUACGCUUCCAAACUCCAGCGUCACCUGCGCACUCACUCUGGAGAAAGACCUUUCCCGUGCUCCGUGUGCGACAAGAGAUUUCCCGAAAAGGGUCUGCUCAUGAUCCACCAGAGGAUUCACACAGGAGAGAAACCCUUCCCAUGCACUUUUUGCGAGAAGCGGUUCGCCAGCCAGGGUGAACUUAGGCUCCACAGGAGGACUCACACCGGCGAGAGACCGUACCACUGCUCCAUCUGUCUGAAGAGCUUCUCACGCCACUGGCACCUCAAGACGCACCUGGACGCCAUGCACUCCGAGGUGGUCGCCGGCUUCACCAGGAAGAAGUUCCCGUGCUCGGACUGCGAUAAGAGCUGCAACUCGGCCGCCGAGCUGAGGGACCACCAGAGGACUCACACCGGCGAGAGGCCGUAUCAGUGCAACUUCUGCGACAAGAGGUUCGCGUUGUCGGGCACGCUGGUGAGACACGAGCGCCUGCACACGGGAAUCACGCCCUACCACUGCCCGGACUGCGGAAAGACCUUUGCGCAGCAGUGGACUCUGACCACUCACAUGCGGACGCAUACAGGGGAGAAACCGUACAGCUGCACGCAGUGCAACAAGUCCUUUGUGGCGCCCGGGGAGCUCCGGAGGCACACCAGGAUCCACACGGGAGAAAAGCCGUAUACCUGCGCGGAUUGUGGCAGACACUUCUCGCUGGCUGGAACCCUCAGGAACCAUAAAAAGUCCUGCACGCAGAGCAAGAAUGGAUCGGUUCAAACUGCAGCCGGCGAAUCGUCACAGAGGGAAGCGACUGACAUCAGCCCUGAGCUGUCUGCCAAUCAAGCUACGGCCAGCGUGGAGACCUCCGCCUCGUCGUCCUCGUCGUCUUCUGAGGACGUCAACUGUGACGGAGCAGCCCAAGACGGAAAUGACUCCGAAGAGUCUGAGCAGGAGCCCUCCAGUCCGCUCAUGAAUGUCGUCGUGAAAGAGGAGGAGGAGGAGGAGCCUCUGUGUGAUGAAGCUUCGGCCACGGAGUGUUCCGCUGAGGCAAAUAGUGUAGCUGCAGUGAAAAAGGAGGAAGUAGAAGAUCUGGUCAAGACUCCCCCGAAGCCUCCCGACCAGGUGGUCAAGUCUCCAACAUCACCAGCGAAGGAUCAGCGUAACAACAAGAAGUCUAGAAGCGCUUUCUGCUGCGGCCUCUGUGGGAGAGACUGCCACAAGAUGUCGGCGCUGCAAAUCCACAUGCGCAUCCACUCGGGAGAGAAACCCUUUCAAUGCGCUAUGUGCGGCAAGCAGUUCACCCAGAAAGGUCAGCUCAAAGGCCACCAGAAGGUCCACACGGGGGAGAAGCCCUUUUCCUGUCCGGAGUGCGGCAAGUGCUUCGCCCACUCGGGCGCCAUGAACCGACACCGUCUGACGCACACGGGGGAGAAGCCCUACCACUGCUCCCUGUGCGACCGCAGCUUCAACCAGUCGGGACGUCUGAGGGAACACGAGAAGACGCACUUCGGGGAAAAGCUCAACUGCCCCGACUGCGACAAGACGUUCACGCGGUCCUCCAGCCUCAAGAAUCACGUGAGGCUUCAUACGGGCGAGAGGCCGUACAGCUGUGACGUGUGUGGGCGGGGCUUCAGUCGCUCUCAGAGCCUCAGGCUUCACAAGCGUAAACACGGGCUGAAGCACGUGGAGGAGGAGUCGGGCUUCAGCGUGGACGACUUAUCAGACCAUAGCUCCCCCAUAAACAUGAAUAUUACAGUUAAAAAUGAAGAUGACAUAUUUAUAUAAACCACACUUUACUUAUCUUUUUAAAGGGGAGCUGCACUUUUUGGGGGGAAUUUGCCGAUCAUUCACAAUCCAACAGUGGAGCCAAUGGAAGUCGCUCUAUGAACUAAAAACAUCCAAAAAGCUCCUUUAACGUUUUAUAUACAAGCUCUAAGUAUGCAUGUAAUGUAGUAACAGAGACAUUUAUAAUAACAUGUAAUAUUGACGUAUUUUGCUCAUUUUAAUUUCACAGACGCAUUACAACAUUCGCUAUUUCCAUCAACAACAAAAUACAACUACUACUAAUAAUGGCAGACUUCAUGAGAGCCAAAAACGACUACCGUAACGGUAGCGCGUACAUAUUUGCACGAAAACACUCCUAGAGGCAUCACACAUGUUGACGGUUUAGUACGGGGUCCCCAAACUUUUUGACUCGGGGGCCGCAUUGGGUUAAAAAAAGUUUGCCCGGGGGCUGAACAACAGUUGUUUUUCUAUCUACGAUGGGGCAAAACCAUCCUUGCCCAGGCACACCCUCCUGGUUUUUGGAGUAUAAAUAUUUGGGACUAGAUCAGACAAAUUUAAGUCUGAGACUAGAUCUGACCAAUUUAAGUCUAAGACUUUAUCAGACCAAUCUAAGACUGGAUCUGACCAGUCUACGUCUAAGACUAGAUGAGACCAGUCUAAGCCUAAGACUAGAUCAGACCAAUAUUAAUCUAAGUCUAGAUCUGACCAAUCUAAGUCUAAGACUAGAUCUGACCAAUCUAAAUCUAAGAUCAGAUCAAAUCAAUCUAAGUCUAAGACCAGAUCUGACCAGUCUAAGUCUAAGAUGAGAUCUGACCAAUCUAAAUCCAAGAUUAGGUCUGACCAAUCUAAAUUUAAGACUAGAUCUGACCAAUCUAAGUUUAAGACUAGAUCUGACCAAUCUAAAUCUAAGACUAGAUCUGACCAAUCUAAGUUUAAGACUAGAUCUGACCAAUCUACAUCUAAGACUAGAUAUGACCAAUCUUAUUUAUUUAUUAUUGUUAGUUUAUUAUUUCUUCGGUCAGUGGUCAACAAAAUAAACAAACAGUUUUACAUAAACAAGCAGUUGUACAUUCAUAAAUUGACAAUGUUACAGACCGAAAGGGUUUAGGCUGAAGUUGAGCACUUAUUUCGCCUAACGACCCUAUAAACAAUCUCAAAUACAAGAUGAGCUUCAUAGAAAUAGGACAUUUCCUUUCCUUUCUAAAUCUAAGACUAGAUCUAUUUUUAGACAAUAUGAUUUGCCUGAGCGGCUAGGAGACACCAAAAGUAACAAGCGGUAGAAAAUGUAUUAGAAAGGACAGAUUUAAAACAAUAAUAAUUCAGAAAAGAACAAACUUUUUUUAAUGUGUUUUUUUUUAACUUGGGACUUCCGUAGUUUGGGUACUCCUGGUUUAAGUAUUUGUGAAUUGUUUUGGUUGUAUUGUAAAACUUACCAACAUUGCUCGGAGCGAUGAAUGAAGAUUUUUUUUCCAGCAGAACGGUUAUACUUCGGUUAUGCUUCCGGUUCAAGGCACAAAACAACCCGCAGCACCUGCAGGGAGCGAACUCGUCCUAAAUUUGGCCCCCCGAGUCAAAAUAAUUGCCCAGGCCUGAUGUACGCAGUAAAAUUCUAAUCCAAAUGAUGAUCAGAUUAAAUAAAUUGGGUCCAUGUACACAUGGCUAAUGUCUCUGUCGGUGUUCUAUGAAAACUAUUCAUUGAACACAAAACAUUAUGGCCGUUAGCGAAGAAAAAUCCAUAAAUUAGCCGUAGCAUUUUAUAAGCCACAAGGUUCAAAGUGUGGCGAAAAUCAUAGCGGUUUAUAGCCUGGAAAAUACAGUACAUUGGCAGAAAUUAUGAUCCAGAACCUUUUAUUUGAAACCUGAACAUAAGGAGGAUGAUCUACACGUUUUAGAAUUUCAGCGAUAAGCAGAUCCAGCAGUAUUACUAAGUGCUAAACAAGAAAUACAAACUACCAACAUAAUACUAUGUAUACAUAUCACUUACUGUACAAUGUCUGCUCUCACUGGGAUGUCAACUGUUCAUAUCUUCCCGUUUGGAUAAAGAAUUUGUCAUGAUCCUCACGCAAGAUAAAGAAACAAGGCCUUUCUCGCCGUCUCCCGUUCUAAGGUGGAUAUCAAAGUUGACCAACUUCUCGGUGUAUGGCCACAUCCUUCUACUAUCCAGGUGAGAGACAUGAUUUAUAAUCCGCAAUUAGUAUAUUUCACCUGCUCAGUGGUGAUGCAACAGCUCACCGGCUCAAUAUGUCAAUAUAGCAGCAUAAUCUAGUUAGCUCUCUGUAAACACGGCGCAGCUACAAAUAGUUUGUCCGCAUUUUUUAAUUACUCUCUAAUACUUGGUUGAUAUUCAGGUCACGAUAUGUAAAUGAAAAAUGUUGGUGGUUUUUGGAUGUUUUUUUUAUAGGACUUUAUGGGCUGCACCUCUUACUUGCUGUAUUAACGACUAAGAAUGCAUUAAAAACAAAAGCACAUGUGUUCUUGUCAUACAUAAGGAUUGUGAAUGAUAGGCAACAUUCCCAAAAAAGUGCAGUUCCCCUUAAAGGAUUACCACUGUAAAGGUGGUCACGUUACACGUAUUACAAAAAAAGAGAUUAUCUUCACCAAGUAUCACAUAGCAGUUUUGAUGGACAGCUCAUUUACUCGUGUGUGUGUGUGUGUGUGUGUGUGUG